GAUCAAAAUGCCUAAAUUCUUCUGUAGGUUCAUCCCUUCAACACCAUCGGUCUACGUGACUGCGCAAUCUCGCUCUUACGACAUUUGGACUUUGUGGCAAUCGCGAGAUCUCAUCCCAACACCACCAACCAUGCCACACGGAGACUGACCAUCGACCUCAAUUCGCAGGUGACUACUGUGAUGUCUACCUCACGCACGACUCGAUGAGCGUGCGCAAGGCGCACAACUCCGGACGUAACCAUCUGAGAAAUGUCGUGGAAUACUAUCAACAGAUUGGACAAGAAAAGGCUCAAUCGGUCAUCGACUCCAUCACAUCCUCAUACGCUGCCGAAGGCCAGGCCGUACCCAACCCUGCGAUGGUUCCCCCGGGCGCCUACCCUCCGCCCUUUGGAUUCCCGGGCCGUCCGGGUCAACUUCCUCCUCCGCCGUUUGGAAUGCCCGCACCUGGCGCCGCUCCCGGAGCCCCAGGCAUGCCUCCUCCCCCCGGGGCAAGAGGCCUUCCCUUCCCACCCCCAUUCCCUGGUGUCGGCGGCCCCGGUGCCCCCGGCGGUCUCCCAGCUCUACCUAACAUGCCCCCCGGAGCCCAGGGCUUCCCCCCGAUCCCACCUCCCGGCGGAUUCCCCGCUAGCUUUCCCACGCCCCCUCCUGGUGCGGCGGGAUUUCCCAACAUUCCUCCCCCGGGCCAGCUUCCGCCAGCAGGCUACAGUCCCAGUCCGACUCCCGGGAUGAACGGCCCGCCAGGCUCGGACGCAUUCGCUCAUGCGGCUCCGCCUCCCGGUAUGGGAUCUUCUUCUCUGCCUGGUCCCCCUCCGGGAUUGGGUGAUAGACGGUAAAAUGGCGUUCUGCUGUUCACAAAAGAAAACUGAAACCGUGGUUACAAGUUGCAUUUAAAUCUGAAAUCACUUCCGCACCCCUCCCCCCCCACCUCUUUUCCCUCCCUCCUAAACCAUCUCAUGGACUUUUCCUCCAUAUUUUGAAAUGCUUUUAUACCUUUGACCUUGCAAAUAGCUUGAUUUGCUGUUUAGAUUGUGUGAUUGUGUUUUCUUUUUUCUUUUUCUUUUUCUUUCCCCCUCUUUUUGCUCUCACACUGGCGUGGUUUCUGAAUUUAAAAUCUGUGGAUUCGGGUUCUACUUUCUCAUCCAGUAUCAUCCUAUAUGGUCUUCAUACUACGUACUAAAGAAAGAAAAAUAAAGUAGUGGGUUCCAAGAUAGC